CCUCAAGUUAUGAUGGAUGAGGAAUGCUGUUCGGAGACAUCUAUUCUACGAAAAAGAGGAGAAGCCAACUGCUGCAACCAAUCUCUUUCUUGGUAUACUCACAUUUUAUGCAUUGUCCCUCCCGUUCCGCGAAUCAUGUUGCUCCCGAGCUGACGAAACAAGCUUGUAUCAGCUCAUUCGCCAUCACACCUUAAACUGGCGACAAGCGUCAUCCAACUGCUAGUCUAUUCUCUUACGUCUCAAAGCUUCCUUCUUUCCCUCCAUCUCUUCAACAACUUCAUCAAUCGUGAUAAUACAUCAUCAGUAUGAAGUUAAUCACUACUCUAUUGCCGCUUGCGGCUUUCACUUCUGCCUUCGUCAUUCCAGAUGAAGAGGUUGCUAGCCAACUUGUCCUCGAGUCUCAAAAGGAAUCUCAAACAUUCCUCGACAGGCUACAAGGUGGCGUCGAAGAUGUCUGGUCCGACGUCGAAGAGAGCUUCAAAGAUGCCGUUGCUUUCGGUGGAAAUGCCAUCGACAAUGCUCUUAAUGCUGCCUCCGAGGCCGGUGAGCAAAUAAAGAACACUUUCGAAUGCCAUCACUCCAUGACCAAAUUCGAUACUCAAGGCUGGCUCGACUCUGCCAUUUCAACGGUGGAGGAUGUUGACAUUCCAUGGACCGAAGACGAUGGUCACCAUAAACCCCCACACCAUGGUCGUCCUCACAAACCACACCGUGGUCAUCCUCCCCACAAGCAUGGGCACGCAAAUAAGACCGUGUACCAGCUCAUUUCAGAGAGCAAGUACACUACUAAGCUUGCUAAGCUCAUCAACGAAUACCCUGAUCUCGUUGAUGCUUUGAACGGUACCGCUGCCAACUACACCGUCUUCGCUCCCACCGAUGCUGCGUUCGAAAAGAUCCCUAAACACGGCAAGAAGCCAUCCAAAGAAUUGAUCAAAAAGGUUCUCGCCUACCACGUCUCUCCCGAAUACUACCCCGCUGGCCGAGUAUUGGUAACUCACACCAUUCCCACCAUCCUCGGUGAAGAUGCCCUUGGUGGCGAGCCCCAACGUCUGCGCGUCGGGUUCGGUAUCCCCAAAGGCCUAAACAUCAACUUCUACAGCAAAAUCAUCGCUAUCAAUAUCUUCGGCAGCAACGGCGUAAUCCACGGCAUCGACUCCCUCCUCCUUCCCCCUCCCCCGGCAACAACAAUCAUCUCCCUCCUCCCCGGCGAAUUCUCCACCCUGCAACUCGCCCUCGUAAAAACCGGCCUCUUCGACGCCCUCAAAGAAGCGCCCCACACCGGCGGAACAUUCUUCGCCCCCUCAAACUUUGCCUUCAAGAAACUCGGUCCCAAGAUCAACGCUUUCCUGUUCUCCAAAUACGGCGAGAAGUACCUGAAAGCUCUGCUUAAAUACCACGUUGUGGCCAACCAGACUUUGUAUUCCGAUGCAUUUUACAAAGCGAAGAACGUUGAGGGUGAGGGGAUGGAUUUUGAGGGAGAAGAGAUCCCAAAGGGCAGGUUUCAUGUUGAUCUCCCGACGCUGUUGGAGGAUAAGAGUCUCGCGAUCGAUGUCGCGCGGUAUGGGGGCUGGAUUACUAUUAAGAUUAAUGGAUUCUCGGGUGUCGCGGUCCAGGAUGGGAUUGCGAGGGAUGGGGUUAUUCAUAUUUUGUCUAGUAUCUUGAUUCCGCCCAAGACACCUGGGGGAGCUAGUGAGAUGGUGGAGGAGGAGAUGGAUUUGGAGGAAUUUAAGGAGAGGUUGGAGGUUUUUUAUAAGGAGUUGUAGGUGGAUGGGUGAGGGUUUGUAGGAUAUGAGAAAAUUUGACUAGGGAGUAUUCAUACGAACAAAGAUAGGAUAUCUAGCAUUGGAUAGGAUAGUUGGAAAGU